CAUUUAGAUAUUCUGACAGUGCCUAUUGCAAUACUUGUGAAAUUGGUAAAUAUUUUAUUAUUUCGCCUUUCAAUUGAAAAUUUGGUUUUAUAUUCGAUCAGAAAACCUUAGACAACGGUACUACUAUGUUAAAUUGACAAGUUUAGUCCAAAAAAAUAAUCAAAAUCCAACAUGAAGUAGAUAAAAAACGAAAUAAAAACUUGCAUGUUUGUCGAGAUAAAAUCACCAAUAUGUCGAAGAAAAAAGCCAAGAAGAGCGUAAUACAAGUAUCAGCCUUUACAGACUUCACAAUAAAUGACUCAGCUAACGCAUCGAAACCUGUCCGAGCCCUCAAGAAAUCAUCAGCGGAAACACCCGAAGAAACUUGGGAAGAUAUAGACGCUGACUCAACAAUAACCGAAGAGACCAACGAAGACGGGUCCAAGAAACUAACUUACAAAAAGAAGAAACUACAACACACACCUGUAGACGAGCGACCGGGCAACGAAUACCCAGAAAUCAUAUUCUAUUUAAUAUCAAAAUACAUUAAACCAGAAGACGUUGCACGGUUUGCAAGAAUCAACAAAGCUUGUUACGCAGUCACAAGAAACAGAUCAUUCUGGACGUUACUAUACAAACGGUACUGUGAAAACCACCCGAAACUCCCUGAAAAGCUGAAGGCAGACAGUUUGAAAGCUUACGGUCUUCGGCAAACCGUUAUCAGAGCUCUAUACCACACUUAUGAUAUAUUUAUCAAGAGAAUUGUACGUCAAGACACAAAGCCAAAUGAUCUAGUCAACCGGUCCUGUGUUAACGUAUGGUAUUGUAAAGGUUUAACUUAUUGGAACGUUUACUUCAAGCUGAAGAAACCCCAGUAUGCUCCGUUGGAAACGGAGAGAGAUUUUCUAGAAGAAAUGGACAGGAUUGAUGCUAACUCUGAAGAAGAUACACAAGUUUUACUGGUCACCUGCAAGAGUUUCCACGAGGUCCCCCCCCUCAUGGGCAUGACCCUAUCCUCAGUGAGUAUGCUCCUCUCCCAGGGUUACCGCCACCACCGCCUCCACCUCGGCUUCAACAGCUCCCGGUACCCUGUCAAAGGCGUGGUACCAGAAUGUUCCGUGGUACUCGAUGCUGUUGUUGGGGCUCUGGUCUGCGACUGGUGGCACCCACAGUACCCCCACAGUGGGACUGUCAUCCCAAGACAGGAUCCGCCCCUUUUGAGAAAGAACUUCUUCGAUACUUGAUGUUUUUCGCUUAUUGUUAGUACCGAUCCUUUAAUUUUAAAAACACGCUUAUUAGAAUGUAAAUAUGAAGGGGAGGAUUAGGGCCUAGACUUAAUUGUACAACAACAAUUAUAUUGUUCAAAUUACGGAUUGUGCAAUGUGACCGUGUUCUAUCAAAGAAAAGUAUUAAUUAUUCCUAGUGCACCGUGCUACUGAACUCUUUAGCUGUGCCCGAAAGGAUCCAUAAUGAGCUCAAAUCUCACGUAAUAAUUGACCACCUAUGUAACAUUAUGGUAUGCAAUAAAGAAUUGAAUAGAUGGCGCCAUGUUAACACUACAUACAGCAAAAAAAAUAUCACUCAAUAAACUCAGACUAUUUUGGUCCACUGCUGGACAGAGGACUACCCCAACUUGCCCACGUUUGGUCAAUUAUUACGUAAGUUUCAAUUUAAUAAAACUGCACAAUUUGUAACAUUGCACAAAAUAAUUGAUCAUCUAGAGACCGCCUUAACACGACCCCUUCAAGUGUUAUUAUAUGUGCAACCAAGUUGCAAAGUUGAGUUGAAGUUUUUGAAGAUCUCCAAUACUUGAAGAUUGUAGCAUCCAUGCCUGUGCGUUCUAGCAACAGAAUUCGUUUAACACAAACUGAUUAUCAAAACUAUAUAGAUACAAUCAAUUUCAGAGAGUUGCUGUUUCUGCUUCAAUGACACACUUACACACUCCUUUCGUUUAGGCACUUAAAAAUAGUACAACAAUCUUGGUUAUUAAAUUAACAUUGUUUACCUUUUUCUAAUACUUCAAAAAAAAAAAUAUUGUAGUAUAGGGAUGACGACUGG